AUGACUAAUUAUCCUAAAGAUCUUAAAGGGGUUCAACUAGUGAACGCACAGGAGAAAGAGAAUAUAAUCGGAAGGUCCAUAAAAAAGUUGAAAGGAAGCACCACAAACACAACAACUGAAGCUGUCAUUGAGAAGAUUCUGGAAAUUCAAUGCGAUAAGAGGCUGCAAGAUACUGUAAAGAAUGGUGAUAUAGAAUCCCUUAGUGUUGUAAAGUGUGAAAUACCUAGGCUAGACUAUGUUGUGUUUGUGAAGGGUUCAGGCCCACAUGAUAUUCAGUAUGAUUAUCAGCAAGAGAGACCUCCUAAGGAGAUAAUUGUCAGCUCUGCGUUCUCUUUUCCUUUUUCUUGUCAUCUUUCUCCUAUUCUCGUAUAUGUUCUAGGUAUAUUAGCAUGUAGUGCUCAUGUUGAGAAAGGGGAUUUAGUUGCAGUUUCAGUUGAUCCUCAAUAUCUUGAAAGAGAUGGAUUAUACAUUGGUCAAGGAACCACAACCAUGUCAAGGGCAGGAAUUUUUCUUGGAUUAUCAGGUCUUGGUGUGGAUAUGACUGAUAGAGUUUUUAGAUUUAUAUCCUUUAAUGAUGUGAUGAAGGGGGACAUAUUUCUUCAAAACCUGCCAAGCAUCAUCACUGCACAUAUCCACAAGAAGGAGAAAGGAGAGGUGAUUGCAGUUGAUAGGUCUCAUGACAAGGUGUUUGAAAUUUACAAUCUAGUUGCAGAACUGGGGUUGACUAGCAUAAAAGCAUAUAAGUUAGAUGCCGCUUGUUCUGCUCUUGGAUUAAGACCCCGCUUGUUUGCUGGAGAGGACACGGUGGAAUCAUUGAGAAAACAUGGGAAAUGCACGAUAAAUCCAAGGGAAAAUGAGGCAUUGGUUCGUUAUGCUUUGGACACAUACAAGUUUCUUUCAUUAGCACAACAGGAUCCAAGAAUUGGUGGACCUGGUUUGGUUGGUCAUUGUGAAUUAUCAAAUGGAUAUUUUGAGGAAUGGUUGAGAGCUGCUGAGGAAAAUCUUGUCCAGAGGUUUGAUCCUUCGGGCCCACAUGAUACAAUUGGAUUUUUAAUAGCCAAAUUCAUAGUUGUCCCCAAAGAUUAG